AUGAAUGUAGUCUCGAAGCACAAAGACAGCAGUGGUAGACUAGAGAGGGGAAACAGCCCGUGUAGCAGGGAUAGCGCCCAGGUAGCACGCUAUCUGAGAGCCAGGAUAAAGAAACGGGUUGUGAAGAAGAUCUUGCUUGGAUGGUUCUACACACAACAACAACAACAACAACAACAACAACAACAACAACAAUAUUUCUUCUUCAACGAAGGUUAUAAUAAUAGUCUCUGGAAUGAAAAGCUGCAAAAUAAUAUGGCAUUAAAAAAUGUCUUCAUACUUUUAAUGCAGGGUUAA